AUGGCACCUCGAAGCUCGGCUCGGCGUUCAGUUCGCCAUACCCGCAAACCGGUUGUCAGCUAUCAUGAAUCUUCAGACGAUUCUGAAGAUACUGAAGAUAAAGCAGAAGAAAUAUAUACUACUCAGCAACGCUCGAACGGAAACAGCGGGCGGCGUAUAUCGGAUUCUCUACGCCCACGCGGUGCCCAACCCCCAUCUUAUCGCGAAGCCUCCGCAGCCUCCGAUGUGAGUAUGGAAGGAGUGAUAGAUAGCAGUGAAUUGAGUGUCCAUGGUGCUACCUCUUUUCAUUCAGCAUCAAACUCAGCGUCUGGGCCCACUGCACCAAUCUCCGCUGUUGCUGUUCGUGUGUCGAAGCGUCCUCGUGGGUCAGCACCCCGUUCAGCACCAUCCAAGCUAAAGCAGACCAAAAGGCCGCUUCAACAAACUUCCAAGCAGCUUGAAGGUUCCAGAAAGCGAGUUAAAAUUAGCUUGGAUGAUUCCGUGAUCCAAGGUCCUGGAGUGAUCCAAACAUUGCCAUAUCAUGUCCUUUUGGCCAUCUUUAUGCACAUUGCCCAGCCGCCUAUUGCUGAACUAACCAACACAGGCACAGCAUUGAGAUCACCAUAUGCUGGACCUCUUAUUGGGAUCUCCCUAUUAUGCCGAGCCUUUCACGAACCGGCUCUCUCUGCGCUUUACUACAGUCCUCCAGUGACAUAUUCUGUCAAGGCCCAUGGUCUCUUGAGCCUGCUUCAAAGCCCACGGGAUUCACAAAGUAUCAAUUAUGCAGGAAAAAUCAAAGAACUUCAUCUCGAUGCAGAGAGCAUUUUGUUUCUCAAGGGCGGAGCCCGGGGAUAUUUCGACCUGGCCGAGUUGCUUCAAAAAACCCCGCUUGUUCACACCUUACGGCUCUAUCACCAUUCGGAUGCGAUUUUUGGGCUACCAGAUUGGGAGCUUUCAAUUUCCAAGUGGGUCUACACGGAAAGAAUAUUCACCGCCAUUGAUGCGAGUGGGCUUCGCCUUCGAAAAUGGGAGUGGAACGGUCGGUUCUUUGACUCGAAACAAAUUAUGCCUUUCAUGCUCCGUCAGAACGCACAAGCCUCUUUUCAGAGUUUGAAAGAUGUUCGUCUGGUUCAUAUCAGAAGCGAUGGCCACAAUGGGCUCAAGGAAAUUGCUUUUGCCAAUUCGCUCAAAGUCUUGCCCCAACUUGAACGCCUAGAAUUCCACGAAUGCAGCGCAGUGAACGAGGUCUUCCUCCAGCUGCUGCCAUCGACACUCGUUUCCCUGCAUAUCUCUAACUGCGACCGCAUUUACUCUGAGAUACUUGGAAAUUAUUUGGAGUCCCAUGGCAACAAUAUUCGGGAGUUGAUUCUUUGUCACAACCGACAUCUCAACAUGGCCUUUGUAGUCAAUCUUGGCAAAUAUUGCCCGAACCUGGAAAGGUUUAAGAUGGAUAUUUCCAUGUACGACACGUCUAACUAUCAUAAUAUCGAACCUCAUUUCGACGAAUUGCUGCCCAGUGGACAGGCUCCCACGUGGCCAAAGAAGUUGCAAGUCGUUGAAUUGUUCAAUCUUCGGCGCUUAGAUGAACCACAAGCGGAGCUAUUCUUCCAAUCUCUGGUUGACGCAGCUGGGGAUCUUCUCGAUCUGCGGCACUUGAAGAUUGGUGCCAUUGUCAAUAUUGAAUGGCGCCGCCGUGCUGAAUUUCGUGAACGAUGGAUUCCCUAUCUAGCACACAUUUUCUUAAGAAAUAGCAAUAUGAAAUCCCUUCAAAAUCGACUAUUGCCUUCUACUGAGUCGAACCCGGCCGCUAGCACUGACAUUCAAACUUUCCCAAAACACGAGCGCAGACGCCAGAGUACACGACUAGCAAAUAUCCACCAGAUUACGCCAAGUCAAAAACUUAUCCCUAGCUCGGACUCAGGGUGGAUGAGCGGCACCGACUCGCCGUUGAAAUGGAACAAGCAGUCUCAUCACAAUGAACAUGUGCAUGGAAUGUGCAAUGUUGUCUCUGUGCGGAUCGACAAUCAGCGACCCAACGACGUGCAAUUCCAUGAAGCUGACUUCCUUGACGAUGAAGCCAGUGAUGAUAGUGAAUGGGAUGGAGAAGACCUUGACAUAGAGGACAACCCUGCAUGGUAG